CGAAGGAGGAGCGGCCAGCGGCCAAUCGGCGCCGCGGCGCUUGCGCAGUGCUGUCGUGACGGUGGCGCGCGGGACCUACGGAAAAGUGUCCGGGCGCGGAAGGGGAGCGGCGUCGCCGCCAGCGCGCAGAUGGAAACAAUGGACAAUGACACCCCCCCAUUUCUCACUGAAAGCUUGGAGAUGGCAAUGGAAGUGGAGGAUGAGAACUCAAAGCCACCUUGUUUUUCCUGUGCUUGUGACAACCAAAUUGGAGGCAGAAGUUUCUCUGCAGAGUCUUAUUUAGCAAGUGGGUCUCUCAAGAGAGUUUUGCUGAGACUAGAUCCUUCUCCCAAUGACUAUGAAGAAGAUGUAGUGGAAAUGUUUGGCUUUCAGUGGGUUACUGAAACAGCAUUAGCUGAAUCCUGUGGACUUCUCUUUGGAUUACAUAGGCAACAGAUAUACAGACUGGAAAACCUAGUACAAAUGAGUUCAUCUGAUUUUGGUCAAGCUGCAAACUUGCACUCUGAAGCAGAGAGCAUCAGGCGUCAAUGUAUUGAGUUUCUGCAUUAUGUGAAAGUUUUUAUCUUCAGGUAUCUGGAACCCUCUAAAGUGGAAAAUGAUGGAAUGCUCCAUCCGUAUGAACAACUAGAAGCAGAGUUACCAUCAAUGUUGGUUGAAGAGCUUCAUGCUUUGACCAUGCACAUUGGUCACCUUUGUGAACUUCCUAGUAGUGUCCUGGCAGCAUUUACUAUUCAACAUCAGGCAAAGGUCUUUCCCCCAUCAUGGCAUUUACUACACCUCCACUUGGAUAUUCAUUGGCUAGUAUUGGAAAUUCUUCAUGUACUAGGUGAAAAAAUGAUGAGACAAGUUGUAUAUGCUAACCAUUUCAUAAAUCUAACAGGAGAGAAUUUAACCAGUAUCAGUUUAUUUGAAACACACUGUGGAAAUCUCAUCUCUGAUUUAAUAAGUUUGUCCAUCAACAAGUAUAUAAAGGUAAGACCUUCCGAGGCUCUUACUAGUCACCAUUAUCCUUGUACCUGCGUUAAGGAAUUAUGGAUUCUACUUAUUCAGCUGCUGGACCACAGAAAUAAAGGGUCUCAUACAGAGUGUUUCUGGAGCUUGGUGAACAAAACUCUAAAGAAUAUCUUUGAAAGGCCAAGUAGUUCUGAAAAGGUAUCUGGUUUUGAAACAAUUCAGUGUAAAGACCCAUUGAGUUUUACCUGGUGGAUUAUUACUCAUCUGGCAUCACUCUACCAGUUUGAUCGUAAUGGAAAUCUAGAUGAAAAGAAACAGAAGGAAUCCAAUUGGAAAUUUGUGGAAGAGCUACUUAAAAAAUCCACUGAUGCUCAAGCUGGUGUGUUAGAGGAACACUUACGAAUGCAUCUUCAGUGCUGUUUGACUUUGUGUAGUGUCUGGGAGUUGAACCUAUCUAUUGUCACCAUACUCUGGGAUUAUUACAGCAAGAACCUGAACAGUUGCUUUACUGUUCCCUGGCUUGGUCUGAAGGGUCUGGCAAAUAUUAGUAAAACUUCUUUGUCAAUGCUUGAGUUGGUGAAGAGUUGCUGUUGUGAACAGCAGAUCCCCGACUUGUACAAGUCCAGCAACAGUUACUUCAUUUUUCUCAGCAUCUUGGCACGGAUGAUGAAAGAAGAGGCAGAGAACAGUGGCGUGCAGCCUUGGAAACAAAUUAAAGGACGAAUUUAUUCCAAGUUCCAUCGGAGAAGAAUGCAGGAGCUGACAGAAGUGGGGCUGCAGAACUUCUUUAAUCUGUUCCUCAUGCUAGCAAUUGUUGCGGAGACAGAAGACAUAGUGAGUCGAGUGUUGGAUCUUCUGGAUUUACUGACUCCGUCCUCCAUCACUGUGUCUCAGAGAGCUCUCAUCUGGAGAGGUCAUUUUGCUUUCCUUUUGAUUUAUGUUGAGAAGAGCAUGGACAUUAGUGUCCUAGCGGAGAAACUCUCAAAUGCUUUCCGUGAGAAGGCAAAGGAGUUUUUAGUAACCAAAAAUGAUUAUACACAGAAACAAAAUCUCUGGACUCUACUUUCAACCUAUAUUGAUGGUGUCCAAGAAGUGUUUGAGACCAGCUGCUACUUGAGCCUUUCUGAGGAAAAGUUGCUAAAUGAUGGUUUUACUAUGCUGCUGCCUGCUUGUCGAGGAGCUGAGCUGAGUAUGGUCCUAAAUUUUCUUCAGGUUGUUCUAGCCAGACUUCGGAGUGUGCACAAACGUGUAAGCCAGGGACUUCAGCCAGGGAACGCGGCCUCAGAGGCACAGCUUCCUUUAGCAGCUAAAGAGCACCACCUUGCUGUCGCCAGUGCUCUCUGGAGAAAUUUCUUUCCCUAUUUGAAGAGCCAGCGAAUGUCACAGAUGCCACCUUCCCCACAGCUUGCUGAUACAGCUGCAGGUUUUACUCUUUUAGCUUUGGAUAUACCCAGCAAAGCCCUAUCAGAUCUCCAGCCACAGCCGGUUCUAUCAAUGAUGCAGCUGUUUGGAUGGGAUGACAUGGUGUGGCCUCAGCUGGUGUCAAGAUAUCUAAGUCACCUAAUUCAAAACAGUGCACUGUGUGAAGCUUUUUCUAGUAUGGGAUAUACUUCCUAUGAAGCUUUGACAGUACGUUCUUGGUUUCGCUGCAUUUUGCAAAUGUUCAUAGAUCAACCGACUGGUAUGCUGGCCAAGACAGAUGCUGAGCGAACAGUUGCAAAAGCCUAUAUGGAGCAGCUGACUGAAAUGACAAGACUGAUUUUUAGACUCUCAGAAGUAGAAAACAUUCUUGCAAAGGCUCAUGUCGAAGAGUCAGUUUUCAAGCAAGACCCUAAAAACGCUCUUGUUCAAUUCAUUAAGGCUGUUGGUAGAGCUUACAGUGGCCUUCAAACACUCCCUGAAAAAUCUGCCAUGGUAGCAAAGACUCUGGAGUAUUUAGGUGAUGUAUUAAAGUAUGUAAAACCUUAUCUGAAGGUGAAAGGACCUCCAGAAGGUCUGCAGCUUACAUAUUGGAUCAUAGGAUGUCUGGUAAAGUUCUGGGCACCGAUACUGGCUACUUCCAAAGCACAGCAACUCCUGUUCCGCAUUGUGGAUUGCUUGCUGCUGCCGCACUCUGUGCUCCAGCAGGACAAAGAACUGCCUGCAGCUUUGCUGUCUGCCAUUCAGGAAAGCCUACCUCUUUAUCUUCAGGGCCUGUCCUUUAUAUGUUGUCAGUCCCAAACACAAGGUGCCUAUUUAAAUCAACUGCUUGGUAGCAUUAUUCAACAGUAUUUUGGACGAUUUCUCCCUUCUUCUCCGACUGCGCUUGGAGCCGGACAACAUCCUAUGCUGAGUGCUUUAUGCAGUUCCAUUACAGCCCCCCAGAUGCUCCGUCUACGGAAGACCACUCUGCAUGUCAUAAAUGAAAACUACAUGCAGUUCAAAGGUAACGCUCCACCUCCUCGCUUGGCCUCGGUUCUUGCUUUCAUUCUUGAAGUGCUUCAGAGAACCCAGAGCACUGAACUAUGUGACAUUGACUUAGUCCUCCCAGCUGUGUUGAAAUGCUUGGUAUUGGUUAAUGAGCUACAAGUUAAAAAAUUCUCCACAGACAUUGUACAGUACAUGGUAGAAGGCUGCCAAGCAGGGUCAGGAAGAGAACGUGCCACCCAGCUGACUUCUGUGUUUAGGCAGUUUAUCCAGGACUAUACUGCCGUAUAUGAUCACCGGGUUUUCAGCACACUAGAAACGGUGGCAGUCUUGGAUCAGACGUUAGUUACCAGCCUGAUUCCCACAAUCACACAGUCUCUGAAGGAUUCGGAGCACAAACAAGGUCUUGGAAGAAAUGCUGCACAGAGAGAAGCAUAUAAAAGACUCUUAUCUUACCUCGCAGAGGCUGGACAAAAUGAGAUACAAAAACUGGAAAAUGAGACAGGUUAGCAGUGCGCUGGUGAUUAAUCCUUUCCUCUUGAAUGUUCUGACACUGUUGAUACCUAAAACUACAGUCUACGACAUACCAGCCAAGUUCUUUAUCUUUACAAUGGCAAUAUAUUUCUCAAUUUUUUGUGUUUUUUUCCCCCCAAGUUAGGUAUUGUAAUCAUUUCUGUGGUAUUUGAAUACUGUCAUGCAUCUGAAUGGUAACUCUCAAUAUACUGUUACAUGGCAAUCGAAAGGUAUGGCACAUGUAUCACACAGUAAAAUGUCAAUAUGAGCAGAUGCCUGUAUUGCAACGUACGAGGUAGGGUUUCAAAGAAUCAGAGUAAUUUCACAAAACUCAAUUCACAUGGAGUGAGACCUGACCCUCUUCACACUGCACUUUUGAAAAAUCUCAUUGCGUUCUUAAGCAAAUCAUAACUUUGUAAUUUCUAAUUUAUUAUUUUAGUAGAAUGAGAAAAAUUGUGACGUCUAGCCCUGAACUUGUUGAAUGCCGUGCAUUCACUAGGAGUUGCGCCAGUAUGAUGAAGCUGUCGUUUGUUACAAGGGCUUGGAUAUGUGUUGUACAAAAUGUAUGUAGCUGUCUUAACCUUCUGCCUGUAUUAAAACAUUAAAGUCUUUCAGAUUCUAGCAUAAAAUCUCUUCUGUUGUCUGUGUGGGCAAUAUAAGAAAAAGGUAGGUUCAGAUUUCCUCUCCUCUUCCUUUUCAAUACUACGUCCUUAAAUUUAACCCAUAAUUUACAGUGAUCCCACCAUCUUGUUAUUAGUCACGACACAGUUAUUUAUCCAUUUAACUUAGACUAGGUGUAAGUGGUGUGAGAAAACAGAAGAGAUGACAGACUUCUAAAGAAAAUACUCAUUUGGGGAAUUUAUUCCAUUUGAUCAUAGGCUAGUAAUUAUUCCUGUUUGUCUGGAAUGUUGGAUCUUCCAAAUAUUUUGCUGUGUUAUGAAUUAUCUUUUGGAUCUUUCCAGGACAGAUAUAGCUCUGUAACUUUUUCUACUUUUUUUUCCCCCCUAAAGUUCUCAGGUACCUUUGAUUAAUGCCUGUAGUAUUCACAUUUUUCACUUCCCUCAAUAACCUGUAUUUCUGCAACUACUUACUGGACUUUGGGAGAGGUAGUUUGCCCCUAGUGGCAACACUGGUGAACAGCUGCUUACUUUGAAAGUUACUUAAAUUUUAAUGUUACGAUAUUACUGGGAAAGAGAGAUUAUUUUUGUGUCUAAUAGUUCCACAGAAAUCCCUAAAAUCGUUUCAGAGCAGCUUCUCUUUCGUUACAGUAAUCUUAUCAAGUCGAACUAGAUAAUCUUUUUCCCUAAAUCGGCUAUCGUUACUUCAGAUAAUGCAGUAACUAAAAGCCUCUUUAGGCUACUUAAUAGUGCAGAACAUGGAGGUUCUUUUCAUUCUGAAAGUGACUUACUGAACUUGCAUUGUAGCUUCUUGUAAGCUUCUGUACCUGGGAGGAGUUUUAUUCAUCUCAAGAGGAUUGUGCUUCUAAAAAGCUUUUUAAAAUAAAUAAAUAAAUAGAAAAACAAAAAAACUUUUCCAAGAGACAUUAAUAGAGAUGUCUUUGAAAUUUGAGUUCUACCACACAGUAGAUUACAGAACAGAAGUCUGAGUGUAGUAUUACUUCCUGAAAGUAAAACCUUUGACUUUUAAAGGACAGAGCAGAUAUUUUGUGAUAAUAUUUAAUGAUAUGUUUAGUGGGUUGUUAAAGACAUAUUUAAUGCUGUCUCUAGUGGUUGGAAGUUUCUGAAAAAGCAACAGAGCUUUAUGUAAAUGUGUAACAGCUCCUGGUGCAUGAGAAACUAAUUUAAACAGUUUGGAAAUUAUCAUUCUUCUCUGUCAAAAAGUUAAUGCGAACAGAAAUAGAGCGUUUUGCAUCGUAUUCAUCAACCACUGCCAAAUGGGCAAUCUGGUUUGAUCUAAUUAUUUGGUAUGGACAGUUGCAGAUGUGACUGACAGUUCUGAUAAUAUUAAUGAGAUGAAGGCUUGCAGACUGCUAGUUGAGACUGACUUACCAAGUAUACACCAAAACAACAGUCCAAAAUCAGGAGAAAAGAAAAAGUGCUGAAUUUGAGUACAAUAUAGAAAAAGACUUUGAAAACCACCACAUGAAAACCACCAUGAACUAAAAAGCAUUGUGUGUGAUGCUUUAUUAGCUGCUGCCUGAACAUUAUUUAAAUGAAACCUUCCUCUAUUAUUUUACAUACAAACAGUUUGGUUUAAAAAAACAGUACAAAUGUCUAGCUUCCUUAUACGAUGCAUGGAGAACUGCUUAAGAGCAGGAGAUCCUGGAAAGCUUUUACACUGGUUGCUACCACUGAUAGGAACAGUUCAUCUGCAUAUAGAUGCAAAGUCUGCCUCUAUCCUCUUGUUUAUUAAGCAAAGUGAAGAGCCUUGCUGUAAAUCAGGUAAAGAGGGGAGCUGAAAAUAAGACUUGCACCUACUGGUGAGGGGUAUCCUUAACCUCUGUCAGAGGAAGGGAACUCAGCCCCUGCCCAGCUUUCCUCUUCUCUGUCCACCACAGACUCAUCUCCACAGGCAUUUGUGCAAGGCUGAAAUUGGUAGGUGUGAGCUGAGGCGUCUGUAUGGGACCCUGUGUGCAGAGUACAAAAAGUGUGGACGCACAAGCAACUCAGCUGGUAGUUCUGCCAGGAAGCAAUAGCGUGGUGGCACGGAGCUUGGUGCUGGCAGCUGAAAACAUCACCACAGAGUUGAGCCGGCAGGUACUUAAUGUGCAGGGACUCUGGACAGCAACCAAGAGUAAUGUUGAGCACCUCGACAAAUCCCUAAUGUUAAACUUACUUGUACCUCUUGCUUCUCAGCAGUUUUCCUGCCAGUGUGUAUGAGUACUUUGUAAGCAUUUUAAACCUGAACUGGAACCAGUAGACACUUCUGGUAUUACUGGUCAGUCAUAUACCAAGCCCAGAGGCUCAAUGAGAGGUCAUCAGCUCUCUGCACUGUGGGCAUGUCAGACUGUACAGGAAGAAAUCCAGGGAGCAUCGGAACAGAAAUCCUCUGCUGAGCGCAGGGUGAAAAUACCUCACUGCUGUGCCCUGCCCUACAGUUUCUGGAGGCUUUGUUUCUCAGGAGUAAUGGGCAAUGAAUUACUGGAAGCUUCUGCCAGUGCCAGGCAGUUGUCUUUCUCUGCUGAUCCAUUUGCAGGAUGAUCUGCUUUCCACUAAGCAUUAUAGAUCAGAUGCCCAUUUUCUGCUGUGUCCCAAGUAUCCCAGGGAAGCUGUGAGUCUGUGACAGGACAAUUACAGGAAGAGAAUCAUGCCUCAAACCCGAGUUGAUUUCCAGCAACAGAAGAAAAGCAUGUCCCAAGAUCACCUUCCUAAAGAUACAUACCAAGCCUCACUCUGCAUCUAAUAAAGACUGGUAAUUAAUACAAGCUCUGUCACUGGCUGCAGAGAAGACAACAGAACCUGCCAUUUGAGUGUCACCUACCCCUGACAGCCGCAACUGUGUGAAUCAGUUUGCUGGGAGGAGGCAGGCCAUGGUUCCAGGGGCAUGCCAGACCAUAAAGUAGGUGCUUGCUACAGCCAGGCUGAGGACUGUGGAUUUGCUGGGGUCAGCGACUCACUGCUGUUCAGGCAGACAGAUGCCACUGGCAGUUCUGCUUCUUUCACCCAGCUUGUUCAGGCUUUUGCGUCCUCUCACAGGCUUGGAGCAGCAGUGCUGCCAUGAACCCUACCUGGGUCUGUCUGUCCUUCCUUCCCUUCUUUUCAGCCAGCACCUGGCCACGCGUGCAGCUGCAGAAGGCGAUGCUGCCUGUCAGCCUGUUGGCUCACAGAACACUCACUAUUAGCACAGGGCUGAAAGGCAAACUGGUGGUGGGUGCAAGACAAGAUGCCAGAGAGAGACAGCCGUGGUCUGCUCAAGUCAGGUUAGAGCCAAUGUGCCAAAGCCCUGCUGUGGGUGAGUGUGUUGGCUGCACGCACACACCUGCCUGCUCCAGACAGUGUUGUUUAAAAAAUAGCUGCUUGCAAAGAUGGACAUUUACUGCACUUGUCCCUUCCAUAAUUCAGGUUGAAAAGAUCCUGGGAAAAGGGUGUAGCUAAAGUUCCUAAUGACAUUCAGAGAAACUUUUACAUCCUCCUCCCCUUCUAUAUAUGAAAAGUUGGUGGUAUUAAGCCAUUUUGAACAUUAAUUAAUUACUCUGCAGGAUUAUCAUAUAUCAAUAACAAGAUACUAAAUCUCAGUAAGCUGCUUUUCCCCCCAAGCCUCUUGCAUGGUCCAUACCCCGUAUCUCCUUUCGUCUAGAAAUGCUAAUGAUGUUGGCAGGAGAUCUGUUUGAAGUACAGCAGCCGUGAGCCUUGCAAGCAUUUUCUAUGCCGAUCUCAUCGGCCAGGGGACAUUCCAGGAUGUAAGUGGGUAGGAGGACUACUGGGCCCUUUUAUUUUUGCAAUAUAUAGAAUUGAGAGCUGAAAGUAUUUCAUUUUUAUAUUUUCCCUAUUCCAGAAUUCAGGAUACUGAUCACCUCUGCCCCAUUAUCAUCCUUGUGACAUGAAACAGAUGUCCAGCACAUCAUGAACAAUGGCAGGGAGAGGGAAGUCUGGCUUAUCUCUCCUUUGAAACCUUAAAAUGAUAACUGGGAAAAAAAAGAAAAAAAAAAAAAAAGACACAUUCUGUUGAAAAUUCACAUGCAACUUCCAUUAGUCCUACAAAGCUGUCCCUCUAUUUUGUAAGAAUUUCCCAUUUGUUAUUGUUAUUAAAGAGCAGGAACAUGGUAAUUUAAGUUAUUCCUUGCUUUCAUUUUCAUUGGCAAAAAAAAAAAAAGAGAGAAGGCACUUGUUUCAAUAAAAGAGCUUCUGAAAUAGAAAAAUGUAUUCCUUUUAUGCUGGAAUAGAGCUGCAGACCUAUGGAAAGAAUAAGGUUCUGCAGAGUGUUGUAAUUGCACAGGAGAGGAGCUGCCAAUAGGACACGCUGCUUACAGAGUCAUUUAAGAAACUUUGAUAACUGUCCACAAAUGCAAUGUAUUUCCCUCAGGAAACAAGAGGAGGUUUUAUUGCGGUCUGUUUUUCCUUCCUUCAGUAGCUUCUGAAAAUUAUGUAUGCAUGGCUAUUUUCAGUUUAAUCAUAUUUUAUAAUUUUUAACUAUUACUUAAAACUCAAAUUCAGUGUAAUCAGCCCAUCUGUUAGCAAUGGUUAUAAAAUUAUGUUGAAGAUUAAAAAUCUGAUGCAGCGUCAAUAUGUCCUAGCAUAAUUAAGCUUGUUUUAUGAUGAAUGACUAGGAUAUGGCUUUUGUCUACUUGAGCAGCUUUAAAAUGGUAAAGCUUUUGUAGACUUAAUGUACAAAACGUGAAGGUAUGUAUAAAACAAACAUAAAAAAACAAUUAUAAAACUCAGAGCCUGUAUUCAUAAAUCUGGUGUCUUUGCUGGCCUUGGGAAAUGCCAGCAGAAUAAUUCCACGUCACAAACAAAUUCACCACAUUUUUCAGUCCGUCAAAUGCUGUCUUGGAUCUCCCUUGUAGAAUGUCACCCAAACAGGCAGGAAAAAUUCAAGUUUGCUAAAUUCAUCAUUGAUUUUAGAAAGGGUCAACACUGACCUGUGUGGGCACUGGUGGAAAAAUGAGUACAA